AUGGAGGAGGGCAAGGCGCUCUUUCAAAACAUCUGUAACUUUGUUCGCUUUCAGCUCAGCACGUCCAUAGCCGCCCUCUCGCUGGUCGCUGUGUCGACAAUUCUCUCACUGCCGAGCCCGCUAAAUGCCAUGCAGAUUCUCUAUAUAAACAUCUUAAUGGACGGGCCGCCUGCGCAGUCGCUUGGUGUUGAACCGCCGGACAAAGAG